AUGAAGGAUCCAAGUAGGAAGGUCGAUAGAAUAAAGUUGUUCGGUGAAGUUAAUCAUUUAAAUAACGAGGAGAUGCGUGAUCCAAGCCUCGAGGAAGAUGACGGUAGCGAAUCGGACGUGAAUGAUUCAACAAAUUUUUAUCACAGUAGUCAAGAAGAGAACGAAACUGGAGAUAAUAAUGAAUAUUGGGAAGAAUGGGAUGAAGAGAGGAGCGCGAGUGUUCAUGAGAAUACAAUGGUUUCGAUAGGAAUAGCUGACGAUGAUAUCAAUUUGGACGGGAAUUGGUCAGAAGAAAAAGUAGACGAAGUGGACGAAGCGGACUAUCGACUGCGAUGUUACGUCAAUUUCGUGUGUCAGGAAAAACUUUCUAAUGAGUCCAUUGAUAGAUUGGAUAAUUUGAUGACCGUUUUAUAUGGAUCAUCGCCAAUUUUCACAAAAAAAGAUGUUUUGCGGCUAAUUGGUCAUGUUGAAAAAUCACUAAUUCGGAAAACACAUUACUACUGUAACCGUUGUGGAUGCAAGAAGAAGGAAAAACGAGAAAAAUGCGUGAAAUGUCCAAAUUUCACUUUAUCCAAUGAAUGUUUUGAUGAGGAAGGUUCUUAUUGCGGUGGCUUAGGAAGUGGUCUGACAACAAUUACCCAAAAAUAUCAACAUCACUACGCGGGAGAGGGUAUUCCAGCACCCCGAGCAGUAUCCGCUGAUGUCUCCCGUCGUUCCCGUACCUCAUGUGUCUCUCUGUCAACAGACUCCAUAAAUCGUCUGCAUCGAACAUCAAAUCUAUUCCAACUCCAUCCAGAAACUGCAAUGACUGCUGAACAGAAACAGAAAUCCCUUUCGAUUGAAUCUCUAACAAAAGUUCCAGAAAAAGAGAAAGGAAAUCGAUUUGUUCGUAAAGUUGCCACGUCAUUCCGGUUGAGAAAAAACCUAUUGGAUACGGAUGGGGAGGAGAAAAAGAGUAAAGAGGAGAAUAAGAAGAAGAGCUCAGUGACAACAUCUCCUGAACAAAUCUCUUCGUUUCUGGAGAAAAUGGCAACAAGAUCUCUGCCACAGUCACCGAGAACUGAUAGGAAGGCAAAGUUGUAUUCGUCUUUGAACAGUACGACGGAAAAAGUGUCGAAUGUAUUAUCAUGGCUUCCAUCGAAAUCCUCGAAACGACUGAUGAAGAAUAAAAGUGCAACUCAUGAUGUAAGUUUCUAUUUCAAUUCAAACUUUCAGUUUCACAAAGCAGUCUUUUCUGGACUUUGUCAAUCUGAAAACGGUACCUCCCUCAUCAGCUACACACCAGCCAGUACCAGUACUCAAGGAGUGAUUGCAUCGAAUGAGAAUCUGGAAUUGUUAUGCUCAACUUCCACUUCUGGGAUUCCGGUUUACUUGGAGAAGUGCAUUGAGUUUAUUGAGAAUAACGGAGGAUUCGAACAAGAAGGAUUAUAUCGGGUGCCUGGAAACCAAACACAUCUAGCCGAUGUGGAGAAGAGGUCACACGUGGCAAGAAGAUCUGCCUAUAUAAGACGUCGAGAACUCUUAGUUGUUGAUUCUCACCAUGUAAACACAUCUAGCCGAUGUGGAGAAGAGGGCGAAUUCGACGUCUCCUCAUUUGAUACACCUGUCCACGUGGCAGCUACAGCGCUCAAAAGUUUCUUCUCUUGUCUUCCAGAAUCUCUGAUUCCAACUGAUUAUCAUUCAAGGUGGAAACAAGUUAUGAUGGCUGCGGAUGAUAAGGAGAGAAUCGACGGAAUCCGUGAAGCCCUAUCCCACCUGCCCCAUUCAAACCAAACAGUUCUCCGGUAUCUAGUCAAACAUCUUGCAAAAGUGUCAUGUUCACCAAAGACCGUCAUGAAUUCGAAUAAUUUGUCAAAAGUUUGGACACCCACUCUCUUCAGACCGGUGUGGUAUGAAGAACUAUCAUCUGGUAUAAUUGCAUUUCAAUUGGCAUUGGAACUACUCAUCAUCAAUUCCGAUUCACUUUUCUCUCUCAAUACGCUUCUGUGA